GAGCAGCGGGCUGACGUGGGACGGGCUGCCAGGUAGCCGAGAGCGGGCAGCGAAGCAGCCGAGGCACUUCCCCGCGUUGCAAGCCCGAGUGCGGACUCGAAGCCUCUCCGAAUCAGAGCCAGCCGCUUUUAACCUUCGCGAACUGCGCUCCCCUCUCCCCAAAGCCGGUCCUCGCCGAACGAGCCCCAGGAUGUUUGCAGUGUCGCGCCCAGGGCUCCGAGACUGAGCCUCUGAUACAUUUGCAUUCCUUUCUUUCAGGGCUUUUUGGCUGUCGGCUACACCGAUCACUGAUGUGACCCCCCCUCCCCUUUUUUUUUGGAAUGAUGGGGAUCUUUUUGGCGUAUGUUGGAUUUGUUUUCUUUUCCGUUUUGUAUGUACAACAAGGGCUGUCUUCUCAAGCAAAAUUCACCGAGUUUCCGCGGAACGUGACGGCGACCGAGGGGCAGAAUGUAGAGAUGUCCUGCGCUUUCCAGAGCGGCUCUGCCUCGGUGUAUCUGGAGAUCCAGUGGUGGUUCCUGCGGGGGCCCGAGGACCUGGAGCCCGCGGCCGAGGUGGCCGGCGCGCAGGCGGAGCUGGUGCCCGACCGAGACCCGGACAACGACGGGACCAAGAUCAGCACAGUGAAAGUCCAAGGCAAUGACAUCUCUCACAAGCUUCAGAUUUCCAAAGUGAGGAAAAAGGAUGAAGGCUUAUACGAAUGCAGGGUGACAGAUGCUAAUUACGGAGAGCUGCAGGAACACAAAGCCCAGGCCUACUUGAAAGUCAAUGCCAACAGCCAUGCUAGGCGGAUGCAGGCGUUCGAAGCCUCGCCCAUGUGGCUGCAGGAUACGAAGCCUCGCAAGAAUGUCUCAGUGGCCAUUCCCAGCGGCAUCCACAGCUCUGGCAACCAGCGAAUGCACUCCACAUCCAGCCCUCAAGCGGUAGCCAAAAUCCCCAAACAAAGUCCACAAUCAGCAAAGAGCAAAUCGCCUGUAAAAUCUACGGAGCGGACAGCAAAGUUGACCCUAAACUCCAAGCACCACUCUGCACCCACUGUUCUCUAAUUACCUACCCAAGGAGCGCCUGCUUCUGGAAGCAUAAACGAAGAGGCUAUCACACGCUUUGUUCCUAACAUUUUCUUGAGCGAAUCACUGAUCUUUUAUUUCAAGAAAAUUAGUGUGAAGUGAUAGGACAUUUUCUAAUAGCAAGAUCUAUUUUUUUGGUUUUUUUUUUUUUCCCUUUUCUUUCGGCUGCUUAAAGCAUCAUCUUGCUGACUGCUCAGGGGUUGGCCCGAACGUCAUGGAUAUAGUAAAUAUUUCCUAUGGAUACCACUGAUUUCCUACUAAAAGACACGUUAUCUGCCGGAAGCAAACAGAAAUCAAAAAGCUACAGAACAUAAGCUAUCAUCAAACAAAACCCCUGUUUGGGGGCAACCACAAAAUCAUCAACACUGCGUGUCAACAAGGGGAACACUAUUUUAAAUAAGACACGAUAAAAGAAAGAUUUUUUUUAAUUUUCUUUUUUUCUUGGAUUUUUUUCUCCUUUUUCUUGAUUGUAGUUCUUGUUCAAUGGUGGCAAGUGCUGAUUAUGGCCGAUCCCUGUCAAUCCUGGGAGGUUUAUAGAAAUACAUUUUGAGUGUUCUAUAUUUCAAUGUAUUUUCAUUCAUUUUGCAAUUCCUGUAUAUGCAAACUUGACAAAUUAUGUAAAUUGCUUAUAGUAUGUGUGAUAUAACUUCAAAGUAGGUAGACUAUGACCUUCAUGCAAGCUGAUUUUUAUCAUUAUAUAUAUAAAUAUAUACAUAUAGAGAUCUAUAUGUUGGGUCACCAACCAACUUUUUUUUAGAUAACGCAUUUGUUUUUCACUUAAAAUUCAUAUAUUGUGCGAAUUUUGUAAUGCAUUGUUUCACUUCCACAGGUCUGACAGCUGCAGGUGGCUCUGUUGCCCUCUGCUUCCUUCUGGAAAAUGCAUAUUCAAAAUUGUAUUGGUCUCUGAUAAAUGAAUUAAUUUUGUUGUGUGUAUGCUGUGUUGAAAUUUGCUAUGUUCCUUUAUAUAUGGUGUUUAUUGAGGUUUGAGGGUCUCUUGACUCUGAAGAAUGUACACUCUCUGGUUUUGACAGCUAUUCCCACAUGAUUAUCAUCAUUGUUUUCAAAAAGCAAUGUUGCUUCUAGACAAUUUGCCUUGGAGGUAAAUGUGGAGAAGGUGAAGUGGUCACCAUGAUCCCCUAAAUUCAUGGAAGAACACUUCUUGCUUUGGCUAAAAAUGCUGCUUCCUUUGACCUUUAUGAAUUUUUGUAGAUUUGUCAUUCUGUUAUUUGCUGCUAAUUAUAGUUUAAUGUCUCCUAAUUAAAAAUUAAAAUCUGGUUGUUGGCUAAAUAUAAUAUGGAAACGAUGACUUCAAAUCUCCAACUAAAGAAGAUAAUGUGUUCAAGUUUUCACUGGUUAAGUGAAUUACAAUUUUAAAUAUUUCUUUCUCAUUUCUGGCUUGAUGAUAAUUCAGAUUAUUUCAUUUGGAAACUGUUUUCUACUCCGACAAAGAAUGAUAGGCAGAACUACUACUGUGUUCCAUACACACUAUGGAAUAGAUACAGGUUGAGAUAGAAAUGACCUGAGUUUUCCUUCCAGAGAGAUUCUUCCAUUUCCUUUCAUAACAAAACCAGAAGAUCAUCUCUGUAGGACCAGCAGCUCACAGGCUAUGGUCCUAAACUGAAGCUUGAAGGCAAUGAAUACCUCUGCUUUUCAAAGGUAAAUGCAUUGAUUUUCCUGCAAUUCAAUUAUAAGCAAUGUGCAUAUUUUCAUAUUAUCUUAACAUUAUCUUUGAGAAAUAAUGUUUCAGGCGAAAACUUUUAUUGACAUUUUUCUUGUCCAUUUGGUUUAUUAUUUCAGUCUAAUGAGAAAAAUAAAUAAAGGACUUGAUUGCGCUAUUUUAUUAACCUAGAAAUUUAUUUUCUUUCAAAAUUUAAUACUUCAAAUGCAUAAAUUAAUGGUAAGAUAAAUAUUACUUGAGUCUAUCUGGCCUCUGAGAUCACCUACAUUCAAGUGUAAUUUAGCAUACUGAUUCUAAUUCAGUCAGGCUGGGAAAAUCCACCAUGUAAUUUUUUUACCCAAAGUUCAGGUCAUGAGAUUGGCUAACUCUAAAGCAAGACAGAUGUGCAUCUGUUAUCAAUGAUGUUUGCCAUGCUCGCUCAUAAUAAAGGAUAUAUGCUGGCUUGGGAA